CAGUAACGUAUUUGCAUCAGACUUUUACAGCUGAAAAGGUUCUUUCACUCGUCCUAAUCAUAGUCUUUGCCUACUACUAGGUUUGAAAAGAUAUACACUUGCUUCAUCAAGAUGGCGGAUAUCUCACUUAAAACAUUCAUGGCUCUGGUAUGUCUCUGCCUUGCUAUUAGUGGGACGAUGGCACUGGAACUGUCACAUCUGGCAGAAACCCUUGACCAAGAGCGUAUGGUAGUCGCCAAUUUCUACGAUGAAUUGGCUGUAUGUAUAAAUGCACGUUACACGCACUCGCCAUACUACUGCAGAUUGACGAACUACCCAGAAGAGGCUAAGAUUCCGUUGCAGGCCAAAUGGAAACACGAGGACGUUGAGUUUGUCAAUGUGAACUGUCACUACGAACCAUCCCUCUGCCGAUCGGCCAAUGUCAGACAAUACCCCACUGUGGUUGGUUACUUGGAUGGGAAUAUGAUUGCUGUUACCGAGGGCAAUAUUCAAUUCAAAGAUGUCGAUGAUGUAGUUGGCGUUCUGGUUUCCUGGGCUAAAGCCUCAGCCAGUACACCAAACUUCGAGGAGGGAGCAGAGCUGAUGAAACUUACUAUCGAAAAUUUCGGUGAGCGCAUGGAUCGGCUGAUGGAACAACGUGAAUUCAAUGCGGAGUACAAUGAGGAACUACAACAGCUGAUAAAGGAUGUGUUAAUGACACAACAAGUGAAUUUAGAAGUGAAACUGAAGUCCAUGGUCGAAGGUGUGCAAGAGUAUGCACAGAGACAGCAACAAGCCUUACAAAAGUCUCAAUCGAGCUCGGUGCAAGAAAAGCCGUCGCAGGAGCAAACAAAGCAAGUGGUAGAAACAACCCUUUCUCAGGAACAGGAAGUGGUGGCUAAGCGCGCACAGGCGAAGGACGAACGGUUGGAAAUGUACAAACUCAUGCGAGCUAGCGAGAAGAAACAGUACGCCGAAUGGAAGAAGGUCCAGGCCAUGCGCUCCGAUCAGCAGCGCAAGGCACAGGAAAAAUUCGAAGCACAAGAAGAUCGAAUGCGACAACAACAAGAAGCCACCAGAGCUUUGAAAGCCGGGCAAGAGAAUGGCAAGGCGUACCAACGCUAUCUGCAGGACAAGGAGGACCUCAUGCGGCUACACGGCAUGCAGAAGGCACGUGACAUGAGCACGGACAUGCACACUGGCAGCCCCAAGGACAUGCACCUGGGCACUGUGAAAAACAUUGCAAUGGGAGGCGUAGAACAACACAUGGUAGACAACAGCGAACCACAGAUACAUGCACACGCGUUCAUGGGCAAGUACAUCCCCGCACAGUCCAUCAGCAAUGCGCUGCACAGUUCGUUGGUGAUGGGUCCGGACAUGAUCAUGGACGUAGUCCGCAAAUACUCCGUCACGUGUUUCUUGCUCGCUGGCUUUAUCGCCGUGUCCUCCUUGUUGCUGCUGGUGAACCUCAACCGCAUGGCCACAGAAGAUGCCUCCCCCAGCACCAAGAAGAACGAAGCCGGAUGGGUGUAGGUUUAAACGGAGACAUCAGAACAUAAUUAGUAGCGCAUGGGAAGCCCACACGAGAGAGGUAGUAAGUAGUAACAUCACACGGGAGAGGUUGGAAGUGUUAACCCCAGCCCAGUGCAUCAACAUAGUGAUCAUACUACACGAGAGAGGUUGUAAGUGUUAACACCACACGAGAGAGGUUGUAAGUAUUAACCACAGCCCAGUGCAUCAACGUAGUGAUCAUACUACACGAGGGAGGUUGUAAGUGUUAACACCAACGAGAGAGGUUGAAAGUAUUUAACACAGCCCAGUGCAUCAGCGUGGUGACCAUAUACGGCUCGUGUGUGUUGGUUGGCGGUAGUUAUGUGUGUUGGUGGUGGUUGUUGUAUGACUCCACCGACAGGUUCUUUAGAGGCUGGUUCAAAUAAAGAAAUGAAACUAAUACAG